CUUAUUAUGCUCCAAAUCCGAAGAUCGAUGCCUUCGCCCUUCACCGUCUCCUCUCCCUCGUCGAUCAGGCCGAAACAUCUGUGCCCUAGAUGCAGCCGACAAGCUGCCGCCAUGCGACCCCGGCCCCGAGGAAGACCGCCGGCGAAAACGAGAACGAAUCCGAAGAGAUCCGCUUCCAUGUCCAGUUCGCGUAUGUCUGGACCCGACAUCAGAGCUCCGUUGAGUAGGGAGAGUAAGAGUCUUGCGCUGUGCAAGAUAGCGGAGAUCAAACACGUGGACGAGGGGGAGGACGACUAUUACGUCUACGACGACGAAGAUGACGCCACCUUCUCGUUGACGUCGAGGCGAACGACGGGAAGCAAGAGGAGGAGGCGUCGGAACGGAUACAGGUGCGAUGCCUGUCCGCGUGUCUUCGAUUCGCCACAGGGGCUAGGCCGACACCGAGUGUUCCAUCGGAACAAUCCGACAAGGGGAGUUCUCCUGUGCUCGCACUGUCACCGAGUGUUCGAAUCAUCUGAUCGUGAAAAUGUCCCGGCCAGGGCUGAUCACGCUCGGUUCGAUCUUAAUUUGCGACCGUCGUUGGAAAAUAAUUUCCCCUUGGAUCUCAAUAGGUUGCCGGCUUAAUCCGUUUAUCAUUUUGUCUAUGCUAUGUAAUCUUUUUCUUUUUCUUUUUCCUUUUUUUUUUUUGCUGUCCUUUC